UAAUGGAGCCACUUCGGGAAUGAAUUGGCCACUCAAAAAAUAAAAAUAAAAAAUAAAAAAAUGCCACACUAAUCAAUUCCUCGAUUGAGGAAAGAGAGGUCCCGGACCAUGGCUGUUCCUUCCGAGCAAUUUCCUGCUUGUUCUUUGCUCGGAUCCGAAGGAACAAGUCCAGUGCCAUCCAAGAACGCACAAGGUAAAUCCCUUUCUUUGAUUGCAGGAUGCUGAGGGAUUCCAUUUUUGGCUCCUCUUCUUGGAGCAUUUGACCAGUAGAUGAAACUUGUCGUCGCCUCUGUUUGUGCGUUUCUCUUCUUCUCACGACCCUGAUCUAUGCCUGGAUUCAACCGUUUCGCCGGAGCUAAGAUAUGAUCAGAUCUGCUCUUCCAAGAAGUGGUUUUUCCAUCGAUUCAUUUUGCUUUUGCAGCAUCGGAGGCGAGAUGAGUGAAGCGCCCGCUGCAAGAUACUGGUGCCAUGCCUGCGGCCGAAUGGUGAAUCCGGUCGCGGAACCAGAACUGAAGUGCCCCCUUUGCGACGAUGGCUUCGUGGAAGAGAUGGAGAGCGGGGGACUAAAUGGCUCCGACUCCGAUCCGUCCCUCGCCCUCUGGGCUCCGAUCUUGCUAGAGAUGCUGGGCGGGUCAGCUCGGCGACCGAGAUCCAGAAGAGGCCCCAAUCUGGAUCGCGAGUUCGAGAACUUCGUGAGGCGGAGGCGCAGGGGAUCUGCCAUUAUCCGGCUGCUUCAGAGCCUGCAAGACGAUCUGAGGUCAGGCAUAGGCAACAUGGAAGCGGGUCUGGAAAGGGCAAGGGAAAGGGAAAGGGAAAACCUAAUUCUCAUCGACCCUUUCAACCAGGCCCUACUUCUCCAAGGAUCGUCGGACACAAACCGAAACGGAGGCCCUGAGGAAUCGAUCAACAGCGGCGGCGUCGGCGCCUCGUUGGGGGACUACUUCAUCGGCCCCGGACUGGACAUCCUGUUGCAGCAUUUGGAAGACAAUGAUCCGAGCGGGUACGGCACUCCACCAGCUAAGAAAGAGGCCAUAGAUGCCCUGCCCACGGUCAAGAUCGAGGAAGCUGCCGCAGGCUGUUCGAUCUGUCUCGAGGACUUCGACAUCGAUAUGGAAGCGAAAGAGAUGCCGUGCAGGCAUAAGUUCCAUAGUGAUUGCAUCUUGCCAUGGCUGGAGCUCCACAGCUCCUGCCCCGUCUGUAGGUCUCAGUUGCCUGCUGAUGAAUCAAAAUUUCCAAAUGGGUCUAGUGAUGGUCAUGGCGCCAGUGUUGAGAGGGGGGCUAGAGAUCAUAACGGGCUAUGGGUUCCUGUCCCAUGGCCUUUCAAUGGACUCUUCUCGUUAUCGCCUUCUUCGCAGAGCCGAGCGAACUCAUCGUGGAAUGCACCAUCUUCGUCGUCGUCGCCGUCUAACUCUGAAAGCAGCAACUCUCAUUGUGAGAACUGACUUUGUUGGGUCCUCUUUCAAUGGUGAAAGUUUGUGGAUGUGGAUCCUGAAGUUUGUUCUGGACCGUUGUGUUUUUUGUUUAUGGAAGAUGUAAUAAUUGAAUGUGAAAUUGCGUUGUAUGCACCUUUGUUUUUUACCAAGAGAUUGUUGGAAAAACAGAUUGUAGAUAUAAAAUAUUCAGUUUUUGGCAAUUUA